UAGUACGCAAUCACGUGUCUUACUAUUAUAAGGGCGUUGAAGGUUAUAUAUAGUAUAUUUUCAUUUUAUUUCUUAAAUUAAAUAAAUCUUUAAUUAUUUAAAAAUAAGAAUAUUUUGAAAAUGGCAACAAAAAAACUAGGUCUACAGUUGUGUCGUACAUCAGGCCAAUUUCAAGCUCUCGCGAAGUUGAUUAAAUGCCAGUCUAACUACGGUAUUGUCAAUAGCAUCGCCGAACCGCUCAACCACAUGUAUUUUACUAUUUUCAGACCAAACGUUAAAUCAGUUCGCGGUAUUUCAAAAAACUCUUAUAUUCAAGAAGAAUGGCUAAAGCCAAGAGGCUUUCGAAAAUUUAGUUCAUCUGUCCCUUUAAGCAAGAAAGAUAAGGUGUCUGUAACAUUCAUCAAAGAUAAUGGAGAACAAAUUACUGUUCAAGGCAAAGUUGGAGAAAACCUAUUAGACAUAGUCAUAAAUAAUGAUGUGGACUUAGAAGGAUAUGGAGCCUGUGAAGGAACCUUAGCUUGCUCAACAUGUCAUGUGAUUCUGAAACAAGAAGACUUUGAUAGAAUUCCAGAUAAGCCCACAGAUGAAGAGCUGGAUAUGUUGGACUUAGCAUAUGGCCUGACUGAAAGGUCCAGGCUGGGCUGUCAAAUUUACAUGACUAAGGAUUUAGAUGGAUUAAAAGUCAGAGUACCUGCAGGAGUAAAUGAUGCCAGGGAUACACCAAUAUGAGGAUAAUGAUGCCUAACUCAGAAUUUGUUUUAUCUUAUGGAAUAUAUAUGUAUAUAUAUACACAAAUAAAUUGAUGAACCAUAGA